AUAAACAACUUGAUUAGACUGGACAAUUACAGUGCGUAUAUAUAUGCGAGUGAGCGAAGCAAGUGAGCAAAUUUUCAAAAGUUAGAAGACGAAAUGGUAUCCAAAAACAUCUUUCAAGUACGGGAGAAAGUGAAAGCCUGCGACGAGUGAGCGUAGUGAACGAGCCUUGAAAAAAGUCGCUUCAGUCAUUUGAAAUAAGAGAAAAAUGAGAUGUAUCAAUAACGAAAAGAAACUUUAGAAGAAUGGUAAUAAGAAAAAAAUAAAUUGUCACAUCAAAACGAGGAAUGAAUCGAGAUUUAUUCAAUGAAAACUAUUUUACACACUGGGUUGAGGUGAGAUGAGAUUAAAGAAAUACUAUAAGCCAUCACAGACAAAAAUAAACCGUUGCAAUAUCACAUAAACUCGCAAAUGCAAAGGAAACAAAAUUUCACUGAAAGGAAAGACUGUGAAUAAUUAUUUUUAGAGAUGAUGGAACAUUCAAAAUUUUGAAAAAACUUUCAUUUAAAUUUGAUUACGUUAUGUUAUAUGAUUCAAUUUUGAAUCUCCUGCAAGUAAUGGAUAUAAUUGUGGUUUUUUUUUUUCAUUUCAUUUCAAUUGUAAAGAUAGGUUAAAAUAUUGUAGUCUUGUAGAUUAUAAAUUUUGUGAUGACAAACGGUUCUCGCAAUGAUUAUUGAAAAUGUUCUAGACAAAACAGGUCUUGAUGAGAUCUGAUAAUUGCCGUCGUUUUUAAAUGGCAAACAGCUGGUUAAAUCAAGAGGUCAUUUCCACAGAUUUCACACGGAGGUUACUUCUUAAUUUGUAAUGUCCCUUCUAGGAGAUCUCACUGCCUUUUAUAUGAAUUUCCAUCUACUAGAAGCAUUCAGCUAUAUUAUUUCAAAAUUAGAACAAGUUUGCUAUUUCUUGUAAAGAACAUCUCAAUGCAAUCAACACAUUAGCAAAAAUACCCGUUUUUUAUUGUAUUUUUCAGUGGCUUGGGCCAUUUGUCGUCUUGAAGUCGCUCUUAUCUCAAUUAUACGAAGAGCUUUAAUAAACGGCCCCCUGAUGAAGGAGGUCACAAGUUGAGUUUACAUGUAUGUCAUGUUUUCUAUAAAUGAAGAGAGCAUGCAGAUUUACACAUUAAUGAUAAUGUCAAUUUAUUUAAUAUUAAAGGAAAUGAUAAGCAGGAUCAGUGCCCUCUAAAUUAACAAACCUUCACCUUGUCAGUUUCUCUCUAACUUCGAUUUAUGUUGAGGUAAGUGGCUCUACGUUCGAAAUACAAAUUGAUUUAAUUUAUGACUUUAUAUAAAGGAAAUAAAAUUGACAAAAGUAAUUGGUAAUUGUAAUUGAAAACAAAACCCGGGUAAUUAUAACUAAAGAAAGUAAUUGAGCUCAACCCUGUUGCCAAGCCUAAUUCCUGAAAUCGCAGGCAGACAUAAGUACAUUUGACGUCACAAUCACAAUUUUAAGGAAACCAAAACCCAAGAAGAGAAGCAAUCUUAUUGGAAAGAGUAAAAUGAGAGGAACAAUUUAAAAAGAGUUUCAUCAAAAUCGGUUAUGAAAUAAGCAAGUUAUGGACGUUUAAAAAGUCUUGUACUUUCCAUGGGGAUCCUCAAAUUGGCAAAAAUGCUUCAAAAUGACUGAUUUUGUGGACAACUUUCCAUUUGUUUUGUACACAAAUUUUCAGAUUUUCCUCAUUAUCUUUCAAAUUGCAUCUUGCCUCCUUCUGAGCACAACAUAUGUCAUGGGAAAAUAUAAUUCAUACCACAUAUGUCAAGGUCAGGAGGAGAUAAUGUGAAAUACGUAAAAAAAAUAAAGGGGAAAUCUAAAAAUUUGUGUAUAAAAAAUGGAGUUAUCCACUAAAUCAGCCAUUUUGAAGCAUGUUUGCCAAUUCCGACUACAUGUACUCUUAAAUCACAGCGACGGAUUCUGAUGUUUGAUUGGUUAAAAGUAGAACCCCAUAGACGGAUCCAAGGGGGGCCGAGCCCCACCCCCCCCCCACCCCCAUUGGCGGAGCAAAAAAAAAGAAAACGGGGAAAGAAAGAAAAAAAGAAAAAGAAGGGAAAAGAGAGGAGAAAAAAGAAGUGGAAACAUAAAAGGAAGGAGACGAGUGAUUAAAAUAAGAUGAGGGGAAGACUUGGAAAAUAAUUUUCAAAAUCUUUCAUGUCACUAUAAAAUUUUCGCUCGCGCUUCGCGCUCGCACUGCCUUUUAGGUGAUUUACAUAUCUUGCUCAAUAUGGAGCUUAAAAUAUCCAAUUUUGAAGUCAAUAUACAAAACAUAUUUCAGCUCGAAAUCGAACUUUCAUUAUUUAGUUUGAUUUACAAAUUGAUUUUUAAACAGUGCUCUGUAACAAUUUCUGUUUUAUGGUCUGAAUAUUAACAUUUACUGCUUGCAUAAAAUGACUGGAAAUAUUUUUGACUGGCGGAAGAAUUAGGGCUAUUUUAUUGUUUUAGUUGAUAAAUUUGAUCCAAUCAUAGUUAUCUUCAUAUUGCGAUUUAUCUUUAAAAUGAGCUGGCUACGAUACCCUUCCCUGGUCAGAUAUGGAAUGUCACAUAUAUAUCCUAUCUAAUGGUAGUAAACAUUCGACCCUCUUAUUUCACGUUUAUUUUCUAUGAAUUUUUCAUAAGUGCCAUUGAUUUUAACACACAAGUCUAUGGGGAAUGUCUUACGCGCGUGACACCUAGUGAGAUGACUGUACGGAUGAGUGGUUCAAAACGAUUACGUAAUGGUAUACAACAAUCAAUCGCGGUCUACUCUUUAUUAUGGAGUCCUUGCUUUCUCCGACACUCGUUUUCUUUAUUUCGAUGGCUUAUUGAAAUGGCAGUGUUUUACCUGUAGCACGGGAGAGAAUGUUUGCUCUAGGAGAAAGUGAAUACUAAGAAAUGUGUUAUUCGGGGUCACGGAUCGGUCUUAAACAAAUAAAGACAUGGACAAUUACCAGUCAACAGUGUAUCAAGACAGGGAAUUGCUUGCAAAGGCAAGCGUCUUACAGUGUAAUGUGCACCAUGAAAGUGUAAAGCACGCGAAUAUACUUUGUGUUUCUUACCACCACCAACCAGUUGCCGGAUCUGAAGGAACCACGCUAAAGGCCAUUAUGAAAUUAAAAACCCGGAUUAACCUACUGCUAUGUGGAAUUCUGUUGGCUCUGGUGUACUACACCUUAAACAAUGCCAGAUUUCUGGAAGAGUAUACGAAAACUAGGAACGCUGUGUGGAUGUAUAAAGGCGAGAUACGCGUAAAAACUCAUCGCAGUGAUUCUGUAGAUAAUGACAGUGUAUUUUCUUCUGUCUGGGAGAAUGAUACGGAAAGUGACAGUGAAUGGAACGACGCAUACGAGACAGAAAGUGCAGAGAAUGGUACUGAUCGGGCACCUGAAGGAAGACGGGUAGAAGAAAAUCCGAGGGGCGGAAAUUCUAGUGGCGUUAUUCACAGGACGGUUUCGGUUUCAUCCCGUAGCGAACUCGUUGUAAUUAUCAUCCUCGCCCAGUGGAGAUUCGGCUCAAGUGUCAUCGGUGAGCUCUUCAACCAGAACCCUGGUAUUUUCUUUAUGUUUGAACCGCUAUGGGUGGUGGAGAAGAUGGUGACACUAUGGCGUUUACCUGGGCCAUUUGCUCCGGAAACCUAUUUCUACCAGACGAAGGUCAUGAGAGACUUCGCCAAGUGUGAUUUUAGCGAUGAAUUCAUCGGUGUUGUUAACCUGACGAACCACUGGGGAGGAAAGAUGCUCAACCGUGCAAUUUGCAAGAGAACAGGUAACGGGUGUAAAAUCCCUAAUGCAGAGUGGUUGAGUAACGUCUGUAAGAGUUUCGAAGGUCAUCUUGCUGCUAAGCUGAUCCGUGGUGACUUCGACACCAUUAAACCCCUCAUCGUAGACGACCACGUCAACGUGAAAGUGAUCCAUCUAGUUCGUGAUCCUCGCGGCUCUGCAGCAUCUCGAAUAAAUUACCUGUAUAACAUCGCAAAGAACGAAAAGGCCCAUCCCAAAUACUCUAAAGUCGGUCGCCUAGAGCCGCUCCAACUUUUUAACUUUGAUAUAAUGCACAGCGACUCCAUCAUAGGCAUGUGUAGAUGGUUGCGGGAGACGACAAACACUUCUGCAAAGACAUCUGACUGGCUCAUUGACCGCUACUAUCUGUUGAAGUACGAGGAUUUUGCAAAUGAUCCGAUUAGAGUAACCGAAGACCUGUACAAUUUCGCAGGACUUAAACUCCCGCACAGCGUGAAAAAAUGGGUCUCCCAAAACACGCAGGCGAAAAGUAGUGCUCAAGGAACAUUCGCCAUGAAGAAAAAUUCAAAUCUUACAGCGACACAUUGGAUGCAUGAUCUAGGUUAUAUUGAGAUCCAGCAGAUCGAAGCUGAAUGCUCAGAUGUAAUGAAAAUAUUAGGUUAUGAGCUUUAUGAUAAUUUACAGCAUUGAUGGUAGGCUUGUGUAAAAUAGUUAUUUAUUCAAUAUUUAUACGAAAUAAUCUACUAUUUCAUCAACUUUUCUGUAUAAUUGGCUACGAGCAUUAUGUUGUCGAUCUGCUACUGCUGCGGUUUCAAAGAUUAUGUUCCAAAAACUUCUAUAUCCCUAGAUCCUACCAAUAAAAGCAAAAUAUUAUUAAGAUGUAGGCCUAUUGAUCAGUUCUCUUGUUUGCAAACUAAUGCUCAUUUAGUGUUCGAGACUCGAGUGACUGGCCAGCAUCUGGGGCCUGCAAGUUGAACUACGUAACCCCUUCUUAAGUCAAACGACACUUUAUUUCCAACCAAUCAGAAGGCGCAAUUAGGACUUCGAUUCUUUGAAUUGCUUUUAAGUACAAAUUUCUUCAUAUGGCCCAUGUAUAGAACGAUAAACCAUGCGAAUAGCUAAUAUGAAGAUUAUUAAAGGUCCUCCCAAUAAAAGUUGAUUUGAAUAUAAGGAGGAAAAUCAAACAUAACGCUGAAAAAUUUAGCACAAUCGGAUAAGAAAAUAAGGGCAUUUCAAAGCCACGUGGUCUAAGGCGCCCGACUACACGAUGAAUGUCCGGGGAUUGAUUCCCUGAAAGGCAUUCAUUAUCUACAAUGCUUUUUUAUCUUGCAUCAACUAAAUGAAAAUGCUCCAUGCAUUAUUGAUACGAACGUGUGUACGUGUUAAAAAAAGAGUCGCUUAAAGGGGAAGUUCACCCUGACAAAAACUUUAUUGUAAAAAUAGCAGAAAAAAUAAUAGAAAAUAUUGCCGAAGGUUUGAGAAAAAUUCAUCAAAUGAUUAAAAAGUUAAUAGAAUUUCAAUUAUUUGAUUUGUGACGUCAUAUGCGAGCAGCAUUCCUACAUAGCGAAUGGUAAAAAUUCAAUGAAAUGUCAUUUUCUUAGAAAAUUGAGAAUGGUUUUCACUGUACCUUUUGUAUAUCAAUAGACAAAUGAUUUCACACCCGAUAAUGAAUAGAAAACAAAAUUAAUUCAUCAGGAACCAUGCAAAAUUUGAAAUUCAUGCAUUUUAUAUUACAUAACACAUGGGGCAGCUGCUCGUUUAUGACGUCACAAAUCCAAAACUUUGAACUCUAAUAACUUUCUUACUCUUUAACAGAUUUUCCUCAAACCUUCACCAAUAUUUUUUACUAUUUUUUCUGCUAUUUUUGCAACAAAGUUUUCUUCAGGGUGAACUUCCCCUUUAAUUACGAGCACAUCCUGGUCGGUAUGCAAAUGAUGGCACCGAUGACGUCACCCACUCACUAAUUAUUUUGUAUAACAUUUUAUGAUAUAAUUUUCGAAUUGAAAGAUGUAACACACUGAUUUCUCCCUUAACAUAUGGAAUUCAUGUGAUCCAAUAAAGGGUCUCCUUAUAUUGUCACAUCUGCACAAUAGGAAAUGGUGUUAUACAACAAAAUAAGAAGAAACGGUGAGUGCGUGCAAUUUUAACUGUUUUUGGAAAAUAGGCAAACCGCAAACUUGAAAAAAAAUACAAAUCUUUGUAUUCGAUCGCGACUACAUUUUCAGUUUUGUUUCUUGUUUGAUUAUGUUUUCUAAAUAUUUAUCUAACAUAGGCUUUGACAUAUACAUUCUUUCAAAGGAGAGUGUUUUUUUUUUAGAAAUGAGUACCUUAUCGAAAAUAUUUUUUUUUUAGUUUACCCCCUAAUGUAUUUGAGUACAUUGACAGUAUGUUGGGCCUAAUGCUAAGCACAUCUGGAGCCCUAUCACGAUUAUUAUGUAUCCCUGAAUUCACAGUGUUUAAAGGACAAGUUCACCCUAACAAAAAGUUUAUUUUAUUUAUAAAAAAAAUCCAACAAGCAUAACACUGAAAAUUUCAUCAAAAUCGGAUAUAAAAUCAGAAAGUUAUGACAUUUUAAAGUUUCGCUUGAUUUCACAAAACAGUUAUAUGCACAUCCUGGUUGGUAUGCCAAUGAUGAGACUGAUGACGUCAUCCACUCACUAUUUCUUUUGUAUUUUAUUAUAUGAAAUGUGAAAUAUUCUAAUUUUCUCCUCAUUGUCAAGUGAAACAACGGUAAUUCCUCCCUGAACAUAUGGAAUUAGCAUUGUUUAAUACUAUAUGGUUCAGUCAAGUUGGUCCACAAUGUCAAAUUUGUAAAAAAUGAAAUAUUGUAUAAUUCAAACAAUAAAAAACAAAAGAAAUAGUGAAUGAGGGACAUCAUCGACUGCCUCAUUUGCAUGUCACUGAAUUGUGCAUAUCACUGUUUUGUGAACAAUAAGCAAAUUUUUAGAAUGUCAUAACCAGAAAGCUUUCUUAUUUUACAUCCGAUUAUGAUAAAAUUUUCAGCGUUUGGCUAGUUUGAUUUUUCUCUAUUUAAAAUAAACAUUUUUCUGGGGUGGACUUGACCUUUAAACACACCUGUUUAUACUGUGAUGUUAUACAUGCGAGAUACCCCGAAACCGAAAUACUUGUACACUAUUCCAUGAAAUGAAAUUUCCUCAGACCAUCCCCACAAAAAACACGAUUUUACAAGCACAUUUCUGUAUAAAAUUUUUAUUUUAAUCAAAGCCAUAAAACAUGUCGAGUACUAACAUUCACAUCAUACAUAAUGAGGGAUGUGUUUGCAUGUUACUCCCGAUAAAACAAAACUCCCCCCCCCCCCCCAAUAAAAAUGAAUAAAUAAAAUAAAUUAAUAAUAAUAAUAACUUUAGUAACUUUGCUCGAUUUUCGCCAAACUUUCAUAUUUUUUUUAUCCUCCUGAAUAUUCAGACAGAAUUGACGUCAUGGUGGGCUUGACAUUCAAGCUCAACGUGUAGUGUAUAUAUCGACAGUUAAUAUGUAAAUCAGGAAAUGUCCUACAUGUCUGGAUUGCUUCCAGUUCCAGGACCCCAUUUCAUUAAGGUAUUCACAGAAAGGAUGCAAUUCAUUACCAGUUACCAUAGUAACGGGACCUCUCACCCAAUCUAGACCAUAGAUAUCACUGGAUUUGUCAUUACUGGACGAUAUUUUGUCGAUCAGAGAUGUUUGUAAGCAUUUAAGAAAGUGAUCAUGAUGAUUAUUCCUCAGUUGUAGUCAAGAUGAUUGUAGUAUGCAAACUAUAUAUUAGUAUAUAUUUAAUAUAUAAAAACAAAUAAAGCACAUUAUUACGCAUUCAA